AUGGCAGCACCACCGCCCUACACCACGGAAAAGCAUCCCAGCCCCAACCAUGGUCUGCACAUCUCCCUCCUCCCACGAGACGACGACGAAGACACCUCACCACACACGCCUCUCCUCCAGCACACACCCUUCACCAGCACACACCCACGCCACCCCCCCUCCCCCGCCCACCGCCGCCACUGGCCCUGGAUCCUACACGCUCUCCUCACCACCCUCUCCCUAACCAUCCUCCUCGCGACGCUCCUCUCUCCCCGCCUGCCCAGCACCGCCGCCUGCCUCCCCCUAACCUCCUCCUACUCCCCCGCCUUCCCCGCCAUCCACUAUCAAACCCUCAAGCUCGACCCCGGCAGCAACAUCAGCGCCUCCCCAUACGUCGGGCCCACCCUCGCCGCCGACCUGCACUGGGGCCGCGUCAACUUCGGCGACCAGAUGAUCUCUCCACGCGAACUGGACCUGCUGCACAAACCGCGCGACAACUCACUGAAAGUCACAGACCCCAAAACGGGCGAGGUGGGCUAUAGAGUAGGGCUGGAGGUGUUUCACCAGCUGCACUGCUUGAACAUGGUGAGGAAGGCCACGUACCCGGGCUACGAGGAUGCGUAUACCGGUGGGGAUUUCGGCGUGCCCAGGGCGCAGUUGCGGGGCCAUCUGGAUCACUGCAUUGAGAUUCUGAGGAUGACGCUGGAGUGUCACGCGGAUGUGGGGUUGAUCACGUUCAGUGAGGUGGAGGGGAAGGGGUGGCAGCCGGACUUUGCGCAGUGGCGCGUCUGUCGCGACUAUGAGCAGGUGAGGGACUGGGCGGUUGAGAGGGUGGUGGCUACGGAUGUGGUCUAG